UCAGUUUGCAAUAUGGCCGUAAUGAUGCCGUUCGUGUCGGUAGCCGUGUCUAUAUUGUACACGCCGUUCCUACUUCUAAUAUUGUGUGUUAUUUUUCUCGCGUCUAUUGGAAAAUCUUUGGGUGUUCGACGGCUGUAUGUGAACAUUCUGCUUAAACUUUUCGAGUAUGGAAGACAGCACAUCGAGGUGGCGAAGCGGCUGCAGAGGCACGACAGCUCCGACGAGGACGAGGAGCCGCCGGCGCAGGACAAGCCGCCUUCGGCGCUGGUGAAGGAGAACGGCGUGAACGGUACUAAGAUGACGGUCAUAGAACGGCAGGAGAUACUCGGCCCGUCGCCGGAGCUCAACUACAAGAGGAGCAAGAGCCAGGAGCGGCUGCCGAACGGGCUGCUGAGCGUGGAGACCAAGCCGGAGAACAACCUCGAGGUGCACGUGUUCCACUGCCUCGACCUGGUGAAGGCCGGGAUGGAGUCCAUCAUCGAGGACCAGGUGACGUCCGUCUUCGAGGCGGAGGAGCUGAGGAGCUGGAACCUGCUCACCAGAACGAACAGGCAAUACGAAUUUCUCACGUGGCGCCUCACCAUCAUAUGGGUGAUGGGUUUCAUAGUGCGCUACUUCUUCCUGCUACCGCUGAGGAUACUCAUAUUCGUCAUAGGGGUGAUCACGACGCUACUGAGCAUGUCGCUGAUCGGGCUGUUGCCGGCCGGCGGGCCGCGUCGCGCGCUCGGCGGCGUCGCCUACAAGGUCGCCAAUCGGAUGCUUAUACGCAGCGUGUCGUGCGUCGUGUACUACCACGACGUGGAGCACAGGCCGACGUCGAACGGCUUCUGCGUCGCCAACCACACCAGCCCGAUAGACGUCAGCGUGCUCAGCAUGGACAUGUGUUUCUCAUUGGUGUGGUGGUUGAUCGUCAGCACGGCCAUCGUCGGCACGCUACCGGACGGCGCGUUCAAGCAGCGCGUCAACAACAGCGUCUCGUUGGUGUGCUUCAACUUUCUGUCGCGCUGCAUCAGCGCCGUGAUCACGUACCACAACGGCGACAGGUACAAGCCGAGGAGCGGCAUAUGCGUCGCCAAUCACACGAGCCCGAUCGAUGUGCUGGUGCUCAUGUGCGACAGCUGCUACUCGCUGAUCGGACAAAGGCACAAGGGAUUCUUAGGGCUUCUACAAAGGGCCCUCGCUCGGGCGUCGCCCCACAUUUGGUUCGAGAGAUCCGAAGUUAAAGAUAGACACGCUGUUGCGAGACGACUAAAAGAACACAUCUCGGUAGUUGACAAUCCACCAAUCCUAAUAUUCCCCGAAGGCACCUGUAUCAACAACACAUCGGUGAUGCAGUUCAAGAAGGGCAGCUUCGAAGUUGGAGGCACCAUAUAUCCGGUUGCCAUCAAGGACGGGCAAUUGAAGCGCAUGAAAGCGAAAAAGGAGUGGAGGGAGUUACAGCAAGAGGAGUUCAGUAAGAGAUUAAAAGGGGAGUAGUUUUGUCUCUGCCGUCGAUGGGAACGAACCGAGACCCACGCGUGGGAGGGACACUGGAAAUGUGCACAUGUCCGGGGGGAUGGAGUGGUAAACAAACGAAAAAAUUUCGAACAUUUGUUGUGUAUAAAUGAAUUAUGUAAUGUAGCUGUUAGUCAAUUUUGUGUUGUGUUCUGAAAAUAUUAUACAUACAAUGUAGUGGUUGGUUUCGAAUAUAUCUGUUAUUGGAUUGAUCGAUGAAAAAAUAUACAGAAUUUUUAACCGACGUUCCCAAAAACGAAGAGGUUCUUAAUUUGACUUUUUUUUUUGGUUUAGUUAUUCGAUAACUAUCAAGUUUUGUGAUUCUUUCCGUGUUUGAUGGGAAAUUGUGGUCCAUUUGGCUUAGAAGCUGGAGUCCUACCUCCCCUCUAUGGACGUCGGUGACCUUUUUUUUUCUGUAGAAAAGAAGCUUUGUCUUGUUAUCUGAAGCUUUUAUAUUUUAUUGUUCAUUUUAGUGCUAAAUUUUGGGUAUUAAUUUAUUGAUUCAUAUAUUACGUUGAAUAUAUCAUUAAUUGCAUUUAAAGGUUGUAGGCAGAAACACUUAUUGUAUCAAAAGUUGUUAUACUAUUUUGCUUCGAUAUGUUAUACGAAUGAUAAUACUCGAUUGUAAUCGGCAAUUAUUAUCAUAAAGAUAUUUACUAUGUAACAAAGAUAAAUAAGGUUCCUAUAGCGUACGUCACGACUCGCGAUUCUAAUCGAAUUCUGACAGCUGUCAGUCACCGUCUGACGGAUGGCUGUCAGAGUUUGACGUGUCGUUGCCGGCGAGCGGCGUGCUAGUGUCAGUCAUGAUACAUGUCACCAAUGUGUCACGUCAUUGUCACCAGCGUGUUUCGUUAAUAUAAGAUUUCUAAUUAUGUAUGGUCUAUGGUCCAAAGUAAGUUGAACUUCAUUUAUCGGUUGAUGAUAUUUUACGGUCACGUAUGUAAAUAAACUAAAAUAAAUGUUUGAAAUUUCGCCAAAUAGUCUACGAAAUUAAAGAACGAAAAAAAAACUUGUAAUCGAAAAAAUACAAAAGAUAGGGGUUUUGGUGACGUCUUAAAGCAGUACUAAUUCCAGUGUGGGAAAAAGACAGAGCUACAAUUAUAUAUACUUUACUUCCUCACUUGUCAGCCAAAUUGUGAUUGUGCACCUUACUUUGGCGUUUGGACCUUUACUCAGCUCAAUUAAUUUUUUAAUUGUCAGUUAGCUCUUAAUGUUUUUCGCCCCAGUUCAAGUAAUCAAUUCAUACACAUAUCAUUAUAAAUACACACUGCGCAAUAUCGCAUGUAAUCUAUCAAUGAUGGAUCAAUUGGAUCGGAAUCUACGAGACGAAAAUAUGUUUCCAACUGACAUUAAGUCGCUUAUCAGUGCAGAUCUUGCAAUACAAAAUAAUAUAUAUUUUAAAGAUUUUAUUUUUAGUUUUACAGCAUUGAAAUGCUUUAUAAAUGAGAAAUUUUGAAAGAAUAGAAAAAAAUG